AUGGCAUCUGCAUCUGAGCUUCGAAUGCUUCAUACAGAAGGGGUCACCUUCCAAGAGGACAAAGACUCAGUCACAUUGGAAGGUGGUCAGGCUGCUUGGGCCACUGCUUUUGGAUUGUUCCUUGUACAGUUCUGCGGGUUGGAUUAUGCCUCUUCAUUCAGUGUCUAUGAAGACUUCUAUAUCCAGCAUUAG